ACAUCUGAGAGGGUCCCGGCACCGGUUCAGCCAUGAACCGGGCGCUCUGGGGGCUCCUCCUCGCCUGGGGGCUGGUGGCUCAGGUGAGAGGGACACAGCAGGCCCAGGAGCCAUCAUCCCCUGAGGGGUUUCAGGAGUGCAAGAAGGCGCUGAAGCUCCCAAGCCUGGAAGUCCUGCCUGGAGGGGGCUGGGAUAACCUCAGGAACUUGGACAUGGGCAGAGUCAUGAACCUGGGCUACUCACUGUGCAAAACCACAGAAGAUGGAUCCUACAUCAUCCCAGAUGAGAUCUUCACCGUCCCUCGCAAGCAGAGCACCCUGGACAUCAACUCAGAGAUCAUCGAGUCCUGGAAGGAUUACCAAAGCAUCACCUCUGCCUCCAUCAAUGUGGAGCUGUCGCUCUUCUCCUCCAUCAAUGGCAAGUUCUCACAUGACUUUCAUCGGACCAAGACCCACCAAGUCAAGGACCAGGCAGUCACCACCCGAGUCCAGGUCAGGAACCUGGUCUACACCAUCAAAAUCGACCCAGGAGCAGCCCUGGACAAGAGCUUCAAGAAGCAGCUGCUGACAAUUGCCAGCCACCUGGAGAACAACCAGACACGGAUGGCUGAUUUCUUGGCAGAAGUGCUGGUGCUCAACUACGGCACCCACACCAUCACCUCUGUGGAUGCCGGAGCCACCUUGGUCCAGGAGGAUCAGAUCAAGGAAAGCUUCCUGAAGGACAGCUGGGCCACGCGGAGCACGGUCACUGCCUCGGCUGGCAUAGCUUUCCACAGCAUUAUCAACGUGAAAACUGAGGGCUCCGUGGAUGUCAGCUCUGCCUUCACCAGGCAGUAUCUGGAGAACCGCACCAACUCCAGGGUUGAGAGCAUCGGCGGGACACCCUUCUACCCAGGCAUCACCCUCAAGACAUGGCAGGAGGGCACCAGCAACCAGCUGGUGGCCAUUGACCGCUCAGGGCUACCCCUGUACUUCUUCAUCAGCCCCAGUGCCCUGCCAGAGCUGCCCACCCCCACAGUGAGGCGGCUGGCCAGGCGCGUGGAGAUGGCCAUCCACCGCUACUACACCUUCAACACCUACCCAGGCUGCACAGAUGCCACCUCACCCAACUUCAACUUCCACGCCAAUGCUGACGACGGCUCAUGUGAGGGUGCCAGUGCCAACUUCACCUUGGGUGGCAUCUUCCAGGAGUGCACAGGGCUGAGUGGCCCUGACACCGAAGCGCUGUGCCGGGGUCUGGAGCAGAGAAACCCACUCACAGGUGCUUUCUCCUGCCCUGACGCCUACACCCCAGUGCGGCUGGCUGUGCAGGAGCGUGAGGAAGGCUACAGCCACCUGGAGUGCCACAACAAGUGCGUGCUGGGCAUCUUCUGCCACCGCGUGUGUCACGACGUCUUCUGGCUCUCACGGGUGCAGUUCAGUGCUUACUGGUGUGCUGCCAGUGGCCCAGCACCCCCGGCCUCCGGGUACCUUUUUGGGGGGCUCUUCAGCACUCGUGGUGCCAACCCCGUCACGGGUGCCCAGUCGUGCCCGCUGGGCUACUCAGCGUUGAAGCUCUUCGAUGACCUGAGGGUUUGCGUGAGUGGGGAUUACGAGGUGGGCAGCCGCUAUGCAGUGCCCUUCGGGGGCUUCUUCAGCUGCCAGGCAGGCAACCCUUUGGCCAGGGGGGAGCAGGAGGCCACCAGGGACCUCUACGCUAAGGGCUGCCCUGCCGGCUUCAGCCAGCACCUGGCACUCAUCAGUGACAGCUGCCAGGUGGCCUACUGCGCAAGGGCCGGCGCCAUCACGGGGGGCGCGCUGCCGCCCGCCCACCUGCCGCCCUUCACCCGACCCCCCGCCACGCUUUCCACCACUGACACUGUCCUGGUGAGCAGCGGCGCCAGCUCUUGGGUCAAGGAGGCCGGGAGCCCCGCAUGGCGCCUGGCCCAGCCUGCCGAGGCCCAGCAGGCCGCCGCAGCAGUGCGGGACAGGGGGCUGACGGGGGGCGAGGUGGCUGGCGUGACCGCUGCCGCGGUGGCAGGGCUGGCCGGCGUGCUGGUUGUGGCGGCCUACGGGCGACGGAGGUACAAGGCGAGGGGGUACCAGGCGAUGGGGGACGGGGAAGGCAUUGCUGCAAGCGGGGAGUACCAGGAGCAGCCAGCGGUUUGAGUGCCCCCGCUGCCACCGCACACCCCCAACCCUCUCGACACCCUGAGCCGCGGCGCUCUGCCAACAGCCUCGCUGCGCGCAGAAGCAGAGGACGAGGGUGCGAUCAGCGUCCCUCACGGACGCCUGGGGCCGGCGCGGGCGGCCCCAGCGACGUUCAGCCUCCCCAGGACCCUGUCUGCCCCCGUCACCUGCCGCGAUGCUGCCUGCCAGGUCGGCUGCUGCUGUGUGCCCCUGGCUGAGCAUGUGGGCAGAAAGCCCCCGUGUUUUCACGUAUAUCUAUUUGCAUAGAUAUACACGCACAUGCAAAGAGGCACAGAGCAAUUUUAUUUUCAGCCAGCAACUAAUUGCAUAGGCAAU